GGUAAAGUACACCAGCGCAGCCAUGAUGGCGCUGAGAAUUUAUAUGUAGGUCUCACUCACCCAGUGGACUCUGGCCGUACUCAGCGGAUCUGUGUCCCUCCUCUAAGGCCUUUCUGAUUUGGGGGCGUUUUAGUGAACUUACGUUAUGUUGGGAACUGUGGCCAGGACUAUGGUGAAGGCUGGUAUGGUCAAACCCUCCAGCCUGGUAAAGCCAGUGUCGGUGACACGGAUCGCCGGACGCUACUUGGCACACCAGGAGAGUCUCCCUAAGCUACCAGUGCCGCCCCUGCAACAGACAUGCGAUCGCUAUCUUGCUGUCCUGGACCCCGUCAUAGAACCAGAGGAGCUGAAUCACACCCAGAAACUGGUGGAGGAGUUUCAGAAGCCAGGUGGAGUUGGAGAACGACUUCAAAAGGGCCUGGAAGGGCGAGCGAAGAAGAUUGAGAACUGGCUUUCUGAUUGGUGGUUGCAAACAGCCUACCUGGAAUAUCGGAUGCCUGUUGUUAUACAUUCAAGUCCUGGGGUCGUCCUUCCUCGUCUAGAGUUCAGUGACCGUCAAGGUCAAAUGAGAUAUGCUGCUAAAUUGAUCGCAGGGGUUUUAGAUUUCAAGACCAUGAUUGACAAUGAAACCUUGCCAGUGGAGUAUCUGGGUGGAAAGCAACUUUGUAUGAACCAGUAUUAUCAGGUGCUUUCAUCCUGCCGAAUCCCUGGAACAAAGAGAGACACCGUGGUGAACUACGCAUUGGACAAGAAGUCCCCCACACAUAUCACUGUAGUGCACAACUUUCAGUUUUUCUUGCUGGAUGUGUACAACAGUGAUGGCACACCACUGACAGUCGAUCAGAUCUAUAUCCAGCUGGAGAAGAUCUGGAACUCCUCUUUGCAGACCAACAAAGAGCCUAUUGGCAUCCUCACCUCCAACCACCGCAACAGCUGGGGCAAAGCCUACAACAACCUCAUGAAGGACAAGACUAAUAAAGAGUCAGUGAGAGCCAUUCAGAAGAGCAUUUUCACAAUUUGUCUGGAAGCUCCGAUGCCACGCACAUCUGAUGACAUGUACCCAACUCGAGCUGCAGUUCAGAUGUUGCAUGGAGGGGGCAGCAGGUGGAACAGUGGCAAUCGCUGGUUUGACAAAACAUUGCAGUUUAUUAUUGGAGAAGAUGGGAUGUGUGGAAUGAUCUAUGAACACGCCCCUGCUGAAGGCCCACCUAUAGUUGCACUGCUUGACCAUGUGGUGGAAUACACUAAGAAGUCAGAGAUGGUCCGUACUCCGAUGGUCCCACUGCGUAUGCCUCAGAAACUUCGUUUCAACAUCACACCGGAGAUCAAAAAUGACAUUGAGGAGGCCAAACAAAACAUGAACAUUAUGGUUCAUGACUUAGAUAUGAAAGUCAAUGUAUUCUCCCAUUUUGGCAAAAAUUUCCCAAAGUCACAGAAGAUGAGCCCCGAUGCAUUUAUUCAGAUGGCCCUUCAGCUGGCGUACUACAGGAUGUACAAGCGCUGCUGUCCAACCUACGAGAGCGCCUCUCUCCGCAUGUUCAGACUGGGCCGCACAGACACCAUUCGCUCCACAUCUAUCGACUCGGCCAGGUUCGCAAAGGCCAUGGAUGACCCGACUAAACAGAACACAGAGAAGGUGGCGCUACUGGAGAAAGCCAUUAAAGCACACAGAGCUUAUACAGACAUGGCGGUCCAGGGUCAAGCCAUCGACAGACAUUUGCUUGGAUUGAAACUGCAGGCUAUUGAGGACCUGGCUGCCCUGCCUGAGAUAUUCAUGGAUACCUCGUAUGCUGUAGCGCUACAUUACAACCUCUCCACCAGCCAGGUGCCAGCUAAAACAGACUGUGUGAUGUGCUUCGGUCCUGUGGUACCAGACGGUUAAGGCGUGUGCUACAACCCCAUGGAAUCCCACAUAAAUUACUCUGUUUCUGCAUUCAACAGCUGUAAGGACACAAAUGCAUCACAAAUGGCCCAGGCUCUAGAGGACGCUCUCAUAGACAUGAAGACCCUUCUGGAGCAGACGCCCAAGUCCAAGCUUUAAGGACACUUUGACAUUUCAUUGAGCACUCGACAAGAAGAGACUUUUGUUUUGUAUGUUAUUAAGACUGAAGUUGACUGGACUUCAUGAAUGUUCAGUGGCCUGAAUAAUCUUAAACUUUGUUCAUGUGCUCAGGUUUUGCUGAUUUAUGUUUUGUUUUUUAUUUGGUAUAGUUUUCUCAAUACAAUGUACCAGAUAUACGUAGCUGGGCAUUUUGGUAAGAAAAUAAUUCUCUGGAAGAGAUUAAAUGUAACAAAUUACGAAAAAAUGAUCGACUUGUGUGUGCAUUGUUAAGCACUGUUUUAAAUGCCAUAAUGUAAAUACUGACAUUUUUAAAGCAUUGGUUUUGUAGUUCUUAACUACACUACUGUAAUUUGCACAAUAAAAUGCUUUUGAUAAAUAUAAAGUUAUUUAAGUCUUUUCUGGCUUUCAUACCCAGUACGUAAAGCUCAGCUGAAACCUGGUGACCUGUUAUGCCUAUUGCAAAUGAUGACGACCAUUUCUAAUGUUCUUAUAAGUCAAUGUUCGGCUGUCCUUACAAAUAUACUGAAACAUUUUUCAACAUUUGGCCCACAGGUAUAGUCAAACCAGUAUGGACACAAAUUCUGAGCCUCGUUUAAUGGGAUUUAUGUAUUGAUUUUCAGAUAACUUGACUUUGAGAGAACAUUGUAUUGGUUUAGCAGUUGUAUUUUCUUGGAAUUGAAUAUUAUAGAUGAUAUUUUGUUUUCAUAUGCAAUAUUCAAACAAUUGAGCUCCUACUUGCAUUUGCUAUAUUCAUAUCUGUCUGAACACUGACGCCCCACUGGACUAUUAACCUGAGCUCAAUUGUGUGAUAUAACAAAUCAGAAGAGAUAUUAUUUUUCAUUUUCACAAUGCUGACUGUGCCCUACAAGUGGGUAAGUGAAAUACAAAGGCAAAUCUUUGGGCGAUUGCUGAGCACAAAAUAAAGUUUGGGAUUUUUUUCAAAUGACAAGCAACAGAAUCGGUCUCUAAUGUCUGUUUCAGAAAAGGCCAGGCCUGAGCUUGCUAUUCAAGCUGAAUUAUUUACUGAAAAUACCACACUGAAGCGUUCAGAGCAAAUUCCCCCAGUUGUUGUGGGAAUUCUCUAAAGCACUUGGUUUCUGCAAAAGUGUUACAGAGCAAACAAUUCUUUUCAAAAUUACCUUUAAAAAAUUGGUCAUUCAGCUGUGUUUUGACAGUAUAGUCAAAAUGUUGUAUUCCAAAACUCACUUUUACAGACUGUCAGUACUUAUUUAGUAAAAUGACCCAUGAAUCUCUACAGCUCUAAGCCUGUUUCAGAUGUGGUCCAGAGAC